AUGAGUGAUGUAAUAUAUGUCGAGCCAUAUUAUCCCCAAGGCGUACAGCAUAUCCUCACUACCGGCAGCUGCCACUACAUUAGUUUUGUCGACGACUCCACGGUCCUCAAGUACCCGCAUUUCAAGGACGGCUCCUCCCAUGGUCUUGAUGUCGAAAGCGCGAUAUACAAGCAGCUCGGCAAUCACCCUCGAAUCAUUGAGUUUAAGGACCAGAAUGCAGGUGGAUUACUCCUAGAAUAUGCAACUAACGGAUCGCUUGAAAGCUAUCUCGUUAACAGAACUAUUAUAGAUGAGGAGAAACUCCGAUUCGCGAAAGAAAUAGCCGAAGGAGUUGCCUAUGCCUACGCGAAGAAUGUUAUUAUAUGCGAUAUACAUGUCCGGAACGUGCUUCUCGAUUCUCAGCUUCAUGUCAAGCUGUGCGACUUCCAGGGCCGCAUUCUAGCGCCCGACGGAACCGUGCUGUGUGAUGGCGGCGCAUCCGAGAACGCAGAGGCCUUUAUGCCUCGCUCCGACCUGGAUUCCGCAAGCAUACAAAUAGACAUUUUUGCUCUGGGCUCGACUAUCUACCGCAUUAUCGCGGGGCACCGCCUGUUUCCGCACUUGCAUACUAUCGACGACGAAGCCGAGUUCCAGCGCCGUUAUCGGCAAGCAGAGUUUCCUGAGCUGCAAGAGGAACUGAGCGGGCUGGUUGUGAGAAAGUGCUGGGAAGGAAGGUAUAGCUCUGCUGGGGAGCUUUUUGGGGAGCUUGAUGUGCUGCGAGCGUCGCUGUUGGCGGGUGCGAAGGGGUAG